AUGGCGCUCGUUGCCGGAUAUGCUGAUGUGGUAAGCCUCGUGCGGUACCAGGCCUUCUCGAGCAUCCUUACCGGGAACGUCGUUUGGCUGGGCCGCUCCAUCAUCGAUAGCGAUGCAGCGCAAAAGCAUUCCCCAUUUUUCUACGUUGCCAUCAUCUUCUCCUUUGCCUUCGGGGCCUUUCUCCAUCGUCUCUUUGAGCUCAUCCGGCCGAACCGUGGUGGCUCCAUAUCAACUGCACCUUUGGCCAUUGCAAUGCUGAUCGUGGAGGUUGUGUACUUCUUCACUGAGGGCGAGUGGCAUCAAGAUACCCUGAAGUAUGGGGUCGUUGCCGUUUCGGCCCUUUUCGGUGUAGUGGCAUCGGCCUGCAGCAACGGCCGCAUGGGCAUCCACACGACGAUGGUCACUGGCCACACCCUGACAUUGGUGGGUGGCCUUGCGAAGAUCAUCCUCCGAGUGAAGUUGCGAAACGAGGAGCGAGCGAAGAUGCUGAUGAGUACGAUGGUCAUCGCCGGUACCAUUGGCGGCGCUUGCAUUGGUGCAUGGGCAGUGCUGACCCCGAAGAUUGACCAUCACCUCCUGCUUUUUCCAAUUCCAGUCAUCAUGAUCGUCCUGAUGUUUCUGCACGAUCAUUUGGCGAAGCCCCGUUCUUUGAUAAAGAAGGUGCAGCACAAGUUGAGACAACAUGCCGAACAUUUUCAUCGAGAGAACUCCCCCGUGACUUCUGAAGCUGAUCACGACGACGAGGACUGUUCUGCUUCGGCAUGUUCCGGCUCAGUGGAUGGCGACGAGGAAGACAGCCGAGCAUAG